GUCGCAGCCCUGCAGGCCGGGUCCUCCCCGCCCAGCCCGGCAAGUGCGGAUCGCUGGCUGGACGACAGGGCGGGACGUGCGAGCGGGCCAGGCGCGAAUGGCUCCGGCAGCUCUGGGCGGCGGAGUUGUCCGGCGUCCGGGUUCCCUUGCCGCAAAGCAUGACCGCACCCCGUGGGACCUAAGCCCACCCGCGCCUCCCGGGCAGUAAGUGGGAGCUUCGGGGCUGUCCGUUUUGGAGCUCAGAGAGCGAAGCCCGCGGGUCGCAGCCCAAGUUCGGGGAAGGCGGUGCAGGAGGAGAGGGUGUACCCCAAGCUUUCGGCCUCGCAGAACUCACUGCACCCUACCCGGACUUCCCAGGUCGGUGACAGGAGGAAGGAGAUCAAGGGGGCAACCUCUGCUCCGAAAGGAAAGCAGAGCCUUCGGGCCACCUCCAGGGCAAGAAGACUGAGGCGCCCUGGGGGACACGCGUGAGCCCCGGAGCGCAGGUGCCCGCAACCUUCGGAGUCUUUCCUCGAUGCGCUACUCAAGUGCGGGGAACUAGUUUUCAGGUGUCCAGGCCGAGGCACCUCCCCGCCCCUGACCCUCCCCCGCCGGGCAGGUCCAGAAAGGAGCCGGCUGGGCCUGCGCCCUCCUCCCACUCAGUCUCUAGCGGCCGCAGCUAAAAGCGGGCGGCUCCAGCCCGGGCCGGGGCGGCGGGGAGCCCCGCGCGCCUUUGCCUCCCCAAGGACGCAAGUCUCCCGGGGAGCCCGGAGCCCGCGCCAGCGGCAGGACAAGGCCUGGGGGAGAAUUGUGCCAUGGAGCCCCACGGGAGGAAGCUGCACAGCCCCGAGAGCACGGGACUCGUGUCCUCGGAGGAGGCCGAGGCGCUCCCGGCCGCGGAGGGCGGUUCUCCUUUCCGGGCUCCGUCCUCCGAGGAGGAGGUCGUCCCUGCGGAGGCGGAGGACCCGCGGGAAGGCCGCCGCCCGCGCGCUCGCUCCUUCUCGCUGCCCGCCGACCCCAUCCUGCAGGCGGCGCAGCUCCUGCAGCAGCGACCGGGCGCGCAGGGCAGGGAGCAAGCGGGAAACGCGUCGCUCCGCCCCGGCGACUGCUGCGCCAAGUGCAAGAAGCGGGUGCAGUUCGCUGACUCGCUGGGACUGAGUCUGGCCAGCGUGAAGCACUUCAGCGAGGCCGAGGAGCCGCGCGUGCCGCCUGCCGUGCUCUCCCGCCUGUACAGCUUUCCCAUGCGUGCAGAGGACCUGGAGCAGCUCGGGGAACUGUGGGCCCAGUCCUCGGUGCACGCCCCCCUCCCCGCGCCGCGGCCCCGCCUGCGGCCGCUCUUCCAGCUCCCGGAGCAGAGCGCGGCGGCCGAGCGCCUGCGGCGACAGCGCGUGUGCUUGGAGCGCGUGCAGUGCCCCGCGCCGGCGGGCGCGGAAGUGGCGGGCUCCGGGCGUGUGCUGCGCUGCCCCGGCCCCAGUGCCGUGUUGGUGCGCUACACCUUCACCGAGUGGCGCACCUUCCUGGACGUGGCCGCCGAGCUGCAGCCCGAGCAGCCAUCAGCAGCUGCGGGGGCCUUGGGAGCCGGGCUGGGGGAUGCGGAGGAGGAGCCGGUGGCCGAGCGCUUCAGCUUCUCGCUAUGCCUGCCCCCCGGCCUACUGCCCAGGGAAGGCGAGGACGGGCACGCGUCGGAUGUCGCCAUCCAUUUCGCGGUCUGCUAUCGUUGCGCGCAGGGCGAGUUCUGGGACAACAACGCGGGCGCCAACUACACGCUGCGCUACGUGAGCUCCAUAGACCCGCUCUGAGCUUGGGGCACCGCUGGAAGCAGCUGCGGGCAGGACUUGAAGGGACUGCUUGCAGGGCGUCGUGGAUCUGGCGUGAGGGGAGUGCAGUGGAAGGGAGGACGCCGCCGGCUCGUGAACCUGCAGCCCAGGCCCAUUCCCGUGGGCCUCAUCCCAAGUCUUCUCGACCUUUCUGGCUGAGCUCUAGAUCGCCCAGCCUGCUCCAGAGCGGAAGAAACCCCCACGGCCCUGAGAGAAGAGCUUCCCUGCAUCUGAGCUCAGUGACCCGGGGGAUGUAGUGUGUGUGUGUGUGGGGGGGCGGUGGCUGGUAUUUAACUCAGGUGUCAGUAUUUUCGCCUUUGCAACUUGAUGGAGCCCUGUGGGGAAGGACAACGUGCAUGCCACAGCGCAUCCUCCCGCCACAGCGCACGCACCCCGAAAGCUGCACGCCUGGGAACCGCGCACCCUUCCAGUCUGGUGGGCACCGGCAUGCUGUCCUUGGCUUUUCACAGGGAUGUAGGGAUGUUUGCCCGGACUGAUGCUAUUUACGUGGACAAAUGGUGGACAAGUAUAAAGGUCACUUACACACCUGUUUGCACUGUAUCUCGGCUCCGGAGCAGUGUGGGGACCUUGGCGCUCAGGUCAUCUGCUAAUGACGCAGAGCACCUUACUAACUGGUAAUGAGGCGCAGGUUUCUAUUCUUUGGUCUCCUGUCUGGUGAGGAAGGCCCAGAUUUCCUCAGGGGCACAAAUGUUCUUUGGAUGUCUUUAGAACGUCCCAGCUGGGAUAAGCUGCUGGUGGGUUCGAAUGACAGUGAUACCCUUGGCUGCUAACAUUGUGAACCUGCAGCCCAGGCCCAUUCCCGUGGCUGCUAGCUGCAGGGACCGAUCAUGCACACUCCAGCCCUUUGUGCAGACCAGCACCUGACAUCCACGCUGGGCAGUGUGCAGUCAGAAAUGGUGCCGAGCACAAGGGAUGGGUGGCUUUUUGUUCUUCAGAGCCAUAGUCAGGCUGGGUGGGUCAGUGGUUCAUAAAACCGGGGUCAUGAAGGCACAGAGCCAGGGCCUAAGCCUUCCUCGGCCACUGCUGGUGGUUUCGGGUGCCCAGAUGUGGCCAAGCCUUGAGCCUGCAGCUGGGUGUCCUGCCAGGGACUUGAUUCCACUGUGCCUUGCUGGUCAUUUUCUUACGUAAUUUACAUUUUAAAAAAUUUCCUGGUUCUUAGUAUCAUUUAUUAGUCUGGCAAUGGUGGCCUUGAAGGAAGGUGGUUCUCAUUGUUCUAAUCAGCAGGAGUCGGGGUACAAAAGACCAUGAGGUGAAGCCAGCCCAGAGUCUCUGUGGGAAGGUAGGCCAAGAAUGGCUUUGAGAAGUCAAAAAACCCAAAAGAAUACUGCUUUGCAACAUAAGCAAGAGAAUAACACGAAAUUUAGAUUUGGCAUCCAUAAAUAAAAUUUUACUGGAACACA